AGUUACAAGUCUGUUACAAACUACAAAGCUUUCUCAGAGUUUCAAUUUCAAGUUCUCAGUAACCAAGAGGAGGAAGAAUGUCUAAAUCUAGUACUGUUGGACAGGUCAUAAGCUGCAGAGCUGCUGUAGCAUGGGAAGCAGGGAAGCCACUGGUGAUUGAAGAAGUUGAGGUAGCACCACCACAGACAAAUGAAGUUCGUUUGAAAAUCCUUUAUACCUCUUUGUGCCAUAGUGAUGUCUACUUCUGGGAAGCCAAGGGACAAAACCCUUUGUUUCCUAGAAUUUAUGGUCAUGAGGCAGGAGGGAUUGUGGAGAGUGUUGGUGAAGGCGUGACAGAUCUUAAAGCCGGCGAUCAUGUCCUGCCUGUGUUCACAGGGGAAUGCAAGGACUGUGCUCACUGUAAAUCAGAAGAGAGCAACAUGUGUGAUCUCCUCAGGGUAAACACUGACAGGGGAGUGAUGCUGAGUGAUGGGAAAUCAAGAUUUUCAAUUAAAGGCAAGCCAAUAUACCACUUUGUUGGGACUUCCACCUUCAGUGAGUACACUGUUGUUCAUGUUGGCUGCCUUGCCAAGAUCAAUCCCUUGGCUCCUCUGGACAAAGUCUGUGUCCUCAGUUGUGGUAUCUCCACAGGUCUGGGAGCUACUCUUAAUGUUGCAAAACCGAAAAAGGGAUCAACAGUUGCUGUUUUUGGAUUGGGAGCUGUAGGCCUUGCAGCUGCUGAAGGAGCCAGGAUUUCUGGGGCUUCAAGAAUUAUUGGUGUUGAUUUGAAUUCCAGCAGAUUUGAAGAGGCAAAAAAGUUUGGCGUAACCGAAUUUUUGAACCCAAAGGACCACAAAAAGCCAGUUCAAGAGGUGAUUGCUGAGCUGACCAAUGGAGGAGUGGACAGAAGCGUUGAAUGUACUGGAAGUGUUGAAGCCAUGAUAUCUGCAUUUGAAUGUGUCCAUGAUGGUUGGGGUGUUGCUGUUCUUGUGGGAUUACCACACAAAGAGGCCGUCUUCAAGACGCAUCCCGUGAACUUUCUGAACGAGAGGACUCUCAAGGGUACCUUCUUCGGAAAUUACAAGCCUCGAACCGACAUUCCCUCUGUGGUGGGGAAGUACAUGAAUAAUGAACUUGAGCUGGAAAAGUUCAUCACCCACAAAGUCCCAUUCUCAGAAAUCAACAAGGCAUUUGAUUACAUGCUUAAAGGGGAAGGUCUUCGAUGCAUAAUCCACAUGGAGGAAUGAAAGCUUCAUCCUUGAUGUUUGUGUCCGCACAUUCUAAUUUUCAUUUUUUUUCUUUCUCGUCUUUUCUUUUUAAAAAUUGGUCUGCAUGUAAUGUAAGAGUGCGAAUCUGUUU